CAACUUCACAUCAGCCUCGCUGCUCCUCAACAGCAACUCCUCCAACCUCUCCGGGUCAUUGCGGACACAAAUCAUGUCAUAGACUUCCAUCAGAACGCCCGGGAGAGGUCAUCAUGGCUGCCAACUACUGGGAGUCAACCCAGCGUCGCUUCUGGCUCUUCUCCAAAGAUGAACUCCAAGCAGUGCGCCAGAAGCUCGAAGACGACAAUGCCGACCUAGUCCAGAUGUUUCCUCUCCCGCAACAGCGGCACCUAGGCAUUUACUUCAAUCAGCAGGUCAACCGACUCGGCAAACGCAUGGUAGUCCGACAGCAGGCCAUGGCCACUGCCCAAGUCUAUAUCAAACGCUUCUACACCAAGGUCGAAAUCCGGCGAACAAAUCCAUACCUGGUCGUUGCAACCGCGCUGUAUCUGGCUUGCAAGAUGGAAGAGUCCCCGCAGCAUAUUCGUCUAAUCGUCAGUGAAGCUCGCUCCCUGUGGCCCGAUUUCCUCGGUCUCGACACCUCAAAGCUCGGCGAGUGCGAGUUCUUCAUGAUAUCCGAGAUGAGCUCUCAGCUCAUAGUUCAUCAACCGUAUCGAACCCUGAACAACUACCAACAGGAGUUGAAUUUGACCCAGGAGGACGUCGCCCUAGGCUGGUCCAUCAUCAACGAUCACUACAUGACGGAUCUACCGCUGCUAUAUCCACCCCAUACGAUUGCCCUCACAGCAAUCUUGCUUGUAUUGGUUCUGCGGCCCUCGCCUAACAUGUCUGGUUCCAACCCGCCAUCCGCAGCUGGUAUUGCUGCUGCAAGCGCAGCGUUAGCUCAGGCCCAAGGCCGAGUGCCUGGACUGCCUCCGACUCCCGGAACACCGAACCCCGCGGAUAAAGAGAAGCAACCGGAGGCUAGAUUCACCCGGGUGCAGCGGUACGGUGCUUGGCUGGCCGAGAGCAACGUUGAUAUCGCUGCCAUGGUUGACUGCACCCAAGAGCUGAUUUCGUUUUACGAUUGUCACGAGCAGUACAAUGACAAGCUCUCUCGGGAGCAAAUCAACCGCUUUGUCAAGGCGCGGGUUCUUGACAAGUGAUGAAUCAAUGAGAUUGCGCAACUUUGUCACCUAUGCUGAUUCUAUAGAAGGAUGUCGGAUAGUGGCGUGAUUGGAAUUAUAUGGCUGGCGCUCUUCAAUUGAGCAGCGUCAGCGAAACACAGUAAAAGCCUGCUCAUUGAGAGCACUCCUAGAGCAAACAUCGACUCUUGGAAAGUCGCCGUGAGGAGCGACAUGAGAAACGACAUCAGCCAGAUGCAAACACCUGGAACAAGACGCUAUAGUGGCUCUCGAAUAGUCAGUCCAACCAGACUGGAGGAUCGGAAAGCAGAAAUGCCCGAGAGUUUUCGAAUGAGAAAAAGUAUCGAUCGUCUCGCGGACCUUAGCAUUGCAAGCAAUAUCCAGACUGUUGUGCAACGGCUGCUUUGGUUAGUCAUUCGGCGAUGAUAUUUGCUGUAAAAGCAUUGUACUCUGCUCGAAAGACUGGAUAAUGGCAUCUUCAAGUUCACAGACAUACACAUUUGACACAAAAUUGAAGCAAUUCGCGACUUGUCUGUCUUUUCGGACUUGCCGACACCAACGUGGAAGCGCUGCUUACUUCAUGCAGGGGACGCGGCCCUAUAACUCCAACAGGGAAGGUGACCAGGGUCAAAUAGGGACGACUGCAGCUGUGCCACGCGUGGAAUGAAGUUGUUGGUUUCAAGCAAGUAAACAGACCUCGUAUGCUUUGUGCAUCUCGCCU